ACAAGUCCAUCAAAGCUUUAGCGUUUGGCUUCCUUCAAAUUCCUUCCCAAAAUGGUUGCCCAAUUAGAUUUGCACGUUGCCCUAGAAGAAAACCCUGAUCAGCAAUUACAGAAUCAACAAGAUGAUGAUCCAUAUGAAGCAGAGGAGACACUCUCUCUUUGUGAUCUUCCUAUAUACAGUGACUCUGCUCACAGGAACGAGUUCUCCAAAGAGUAUCAGAGCUCUUCAUUUGAUCGAGAUGAAGACAACUUCUUUGAGUUCUUCAGUGAAGAGUUCACAGCCUCAACAUACGCAUCUGAGAACAAAGACAUAAUUUUCUGUGGGAAGAAGCUCAUUCCCUACAUCAAAGAAGUGCCGCAUGUUGCAGAAGAGAAGAAAACGAUCAAGAAAAACACAAAAACAAGCAACAAAAGUUCAACCAAGAAAUGGGGAUUGUUUCGAUGGAGAAGGUUUAGGAGAUCAAAAUCCAAGGUUGUCACUAAGUACUCCAAGCCGAGUCAAGUUAAAGAUCGUAGAAGUAAUAGUAUUUCAGUCCCCACAUCCAAAAGCUGCAAGUGUGAUCCUUCACAAUGGAAAGUGUCCGUUCUGCCUGGCAACCGAUCAAAAUCUAAGUGGCAUUUGUUCUUGUUCGGAAUAACAAAGUUUCCUACAGAGAUGGAGCUGAGGGACAUUAGGAGCCGGCAAAGCAGAAGGAAUCCUUCGACCAUGUUUGGGAUUAAAUGUGAAGCAAGUGAUGAAAUAAUGGGAAAGAGUACCAAGGAAAUUAGCAGUAACACUAGUAGUGUUAGUAGAGCUAAGGGAUUGUGGGGUUUGUUGAGAGUUAUGGGGUGUAGUAGUCAGCAUCGAAACAGCCUUGUCCUUUAAUUUGUAGAAUUACAAUUUUGGUAA